AUGAGGGACCUUUCAAAUAUUAUAUUAAACAACAAGUACCAGUUUCAGAAGAAGGUAGGCGCCGGUUCCUACGGAAUCGUUUAUUCAGCACGCCAUCUUUAUACCGGGAAGACUUACGCGAUAAAGAUUAUUCUAAAGCAUCAAGUGCCUAAGAAUUCAACAAGUACUCACAAUAAUACAAACAAGCAGCUUUUAUUGCAGCUUGAAAAGUCGUUGUUAUAUCAGGCCCUCAUGAAUAACGGUACUUUGAUGACCAAUAUUCUUUCGAUGGAUAUGAUUAUCAAGAAAGGUUACAACUGCAAAAUUUUGAAGGAAAUCAGUUUGCAAUUAAGGGUCCAUAAACAUCCCAACAUUCUAUCUAUUUAUAAAGUCUAUGACGUUAAGGAAGCUCUAUUUGUUGUCAUGGAUUAUUAUCCUGAGGGUGAUCUCUUCGGCAUGAUUGUUGACAAGCAACGAUACAGCCAAGAUCCAUUUUUAAUCAAGUCUGUUUUUAUCCAGCUGGUCGACGCUAUCACAUAUUGCCAUUCAAAAGGUGUUUAUCAUUGUGAUUUAAAGCCGGAAAAUAUAAUGGUCGCUAAUAAUGGUGCCAAGCUAAUUUUGGCAGAUUUCGGUCUUGCCCUUAGAGAGCCUUUUAUAGAGUCAAAUGUUUGCUGUGGUUCCAGUUAUUACAUGUCUCCAGAAAGAAUACAAAACUUUUGUCAAGGUUUUGACUCUAAGGACUCUCGUACAAUUCAUAUCGAUCGUUUGUUGAGGCCGAACGAGCUUGGAAUGAGGGAAAACGUAUGCUUCCCAACUGCUGCUGGAGACGUCUGGUCCCUAGCGAUAAUACUUAUAAAUCUGAUUUCCAUAAGAAAUCCGUGGCUUAAGGCAUCUUUAAAUGAUACAACAUUUAGAGCGUUUGUGAAAGACCCAUCAGUCCUUUUAAAAAUUUUGCCAAUUUCUCGGGAAAUAUUUCACAUUUUAUGCCGUUAUUUAACUCUCAAUCCCUGGGAAAGAGGUUCUUUAUUCAAGUUCCGUGAAGACGUACUUGAAUGUCAAAAACUCUCUGAAAGUGGUCCUCUCUCUAUAAACUCGAGAGUGGAUUCUAUGGAGAUGGUCACCACAGAAUCGCAAGCACAGAAAGGUCUGCUUCCAGAACUUGCUGUGUGUAAAGUUCCAAUCGAUCAUGUCGCUAUGGACAGGAAGCGUUCGAUGGAGAACUCUGGAAUGGAAGAUGCUGAACAAGAGAGAAACUAUGUUAUUGGCUUACGUAUCGAUCAAGAGCCUAAUUCUACGAACGUGGCUACUGCUGCUAGAGCACAGGGAAUUUAUGGUCCUGAUAAUCCAGGAAAUGGCAUUGAGUGUGGAUCAUGCGUGGCUUGUGGCUACGGUGCUACAAAAACCAAUGUAAUGGACAAUGUGGAACCAUAUGAAAGCAUCGAGUCUCUCAACAGACAGAAUAUUAUUGCGCAGGAACUUAAUAACGAGGAGCAGCAACAGCAACAGACAUCGAUCAUAAUGAAGCAUUCGAAGAAAAAUCCUAAUAUGUUGAGAAAAAUUUUCGGAAGAAGGCAUACGCAUCAUCAGUCUCGAUCUGGACAGGCGAAUGAAAAAACGUUGGAACAACAACGGCUAGAAAGACGGCAGGAGCAGCAGAAGCAGGUAGAACGCCAGCGACUUCAACAGCAGCUUAAAUUUCAGCAAUUGGAACAACAAAGGUUUCAACAAAUAUGUCAACAGCAACAGCAGCAGCAACAACAACAACAACAACAGCUAAGGAAUCAAGUCCCGCAAGCAUACCGUGGCUUCCAACCCCAAAUACCAUUAUCUGCAAGGGAAAUACAAAUGCGUCAGCUGCAACAAAGACAGAUGAGGCAGCAGAUGCAGAUGCAACAACGGCAAUCACCACAACCACAACCACAACCACAACAACAACAGCAACCGUGGCAGCAAAAUUUUGUUGAGCCAUCCUUUCUAGCUCCAAGUGUACAGCAGAGAAGGAUUACAGAAGAAAAUCUUCGGGACCACAACAUGACGUGGUUUCCAAUUGGAGCCUCAGAGAGUCAUUACGCUAAACUGAGAGUGAGCACACUUCUGUCGGACGAGAAACAAUCUGCUAUAGUUGGGUCGAACACAGGCAGGCAAGCAAGAGGGAAUUGUCAAUAUCCCUCCAAUAACAAUUAUAACAUCCGCACGGAAAACUGUGUUAACACUGGGGUGAAUACUAGCACUAGCACAGAGAACGGUAUGAAUGCAAAUCAUACAUCAGGUGAAGGUUCUACCACUGACACUAUGGCUGAAAACGAAAGUACUCAAACCUCUUCAGCGUCUUCCAUUGAAGCUAGUGAACAGUGUAACAAGGCCGAAGUUUUGAUUCAUUGUCCUGGUGAGAGGCCUGACCGUCUUGCAGAGGAUCUCAGCAUGGUGAGCGUUAUGAGUGUUCAAAAUAGCUCUACGUACAUGAAUAUGGACUUUUAG